CCGCAAAGUUUUCACUCACGGCAUUAGCGCAAUUCCGUCGCCGGGAGAUCCACACUCACAAACGCACUCUCACAACAACACCACCACCACCACCACCCACCGAACACAGACACCAGCGCAACAAUGGCUCCCGUCGCCGCCCCCCUCAUCGGUGUGGCAAACCUGCCCAACCAGCGCCAUAAAAUCGUCUCGCGAAAGGGCGCAAACUUCACCGUCAUGGUCCUCGGCGAGAGUGGACUGGGAAAGACCACCUUUGUCAACACGUUGUUCACAACCCUCCUCCGCGAGUACAAACGACCGGAACACCGUUUCCAAAAGCAGCUCGAACGUACCGUCCAGAUCGAUGUUGUCCGCGCAGAGAUCGAGGAGAAAGGUUUCAACGUGCGCUUGACCGUCAUCGACACCCCCGGCUUUGGAGACUACGUGAACAACCAGGACUGCUGGGUUCCUGUCGUGGAGUUCCUUGACGAGCAGCACCUCAACUACAUGCACCAUGAGCGUCGGGCUGAACGACGGGAGAAGGAUGACUUGCGUGUGCACGUUUGCCUGUACUUUAUUCAGCCUACUGGACACACACUCAAGCCCCUUGAUAUCGAAGUCAUGAAGCAGCUCGGAAGCAGAGUCAAUCUGAUCCCCAUUAUUGCAAAGGCCGACACUAUUACUCCUGGAGAGCUGGCCGUUUUCAAGGACAGGAUCCGAGAUUGCUUAGCUGCGCAUAACAUUGCAGUGUACAGCCCACCUGUGCAGAGUGACGACGAGGACAGCACAAGGCGGAACCAGAGCAUUCUCUCCGCGAUGCCUUUCUCCGUAAUCGCCAGCGAAUCCGACGUUGUCGUCAACGGCGAAAAAGUCCGGGGUCGCCAAUAUCUCUGGGGCGUCGCCGAAGUCGAGAACGAAGCCCACUGCGACUUCAAGAAGCUGCGCAACCUGCUCAUCCGCACGCACAUGCACGACCUCAUCGCGAGCACCGAGGAGGCCCACUACGAGAACUUCCGCGCCGAGAAGCUGGCUUCAGAGGGACGGACCGACGAUGACCCAGCCUCCCGCGCGCGUAAGCAGCUGGAGGGGAAUAUGAAGGAGGAGGAGGAGGCGUUGAGGAAACGAUUCACGGAGCAGGUUAGGCUGGAGGAGAAUAGGUUCAGGCAAUGGGAGCAGAGGUUGAUCGCCGAACGCGACCGCCUCAACCGCGACCUCGAAACCCAACACAAGCAAGUCAAGGCCCUGGAAGAGGAAAUCGACGAGCUCAACGCCCAGCGACGAAAGUAGAUGCGACGGCUGACUAUUGACGAUUAGCCCUGAACACCCUUAUGCGCGCCUCAACACCCCGAACGCCUGUCACGAUGCCUUGUCGUGCUACCCGCACCCAACAUGCGUCAACAUAGAUCCAUCGACCUACCCAUCCCUCCUAUAUGACCCUCUACGUUCCUUUUUCCCUUUUUUCCCCCUUUUUUUGCGGAAUGAACUCUUAUAGAAUUUGAUAUAUACAUUUGGAAGAGAAAUACGACUAUUUUUUGAUUGAAAUUAAA